GUGCAUGUGAUAUAUAUAUAUAUAUAUAUGCCACACAUGCACAGAAUGAGUAAAAACUGGUCUCUAGAUCGCAGCAUACUUUGCUUGUGUUAGUCAACGAAGAGUAAAAAUGUUAAAAUUAACUGUUAUCUAAUGUGUUUUUGCUCCAUAUUAAUAUUUAGGGGGAGAUCUGUUAGUGUUUAAUGUUGCGUUAUUUUUGAAAUGUGAAAAAGUUGUGUAAUUAUUAUUGUGCAGAAGAGUAGAGCCUGUGAGGACGAUGACUGGCCAAAUGAUACAUUUUUAUAUUUAUUGUUGUAUUAUUUAAAACGUCAUGGCCGUGCACUUUUCAGCACAAUGAGCGUCUGUUCUCUAUACUGUGACGUUAUUGUCAUCAUCGCCCCGCCCUUCACCGGGCUCCCGACGGGAGUGGGUGUGUCCGAGAGGAGGGGCGCCUGGUGAAGGGCGGGGCGAUGAUGACAAUAAAGGGGAGGGGCAGCCGACUCGUCACAAUACUCUUUCGUAACAUAAACAAGAAACUGAUCUGCUUUCUUACAAACAGGAAGUGUCUCAGGAAGCGUCGCAAAACUGAAGUUGAUCUACUGAUGUCACAUGGGCUGUUUUACCAAUGUAUUUACUGUGUUUCUGGACCCGGAUCAUUUCAGUUGGUCAGAUACCUCUCUGAUUUGAUCAAAAAUGUCUUUCAGAUGGUGAAUUUUCAUUUUGGGGCGAAUUAACCCUUUAAGGACAAUAAAUCAAGUCAUGUAUCAUGUACGUGCGGCAUAAAUAGGCGUUACUGUUACAAACCCCUGUUUAAAUGAUUAAAUUAAAUUCGCAAACGGAGGUGAACAGAACAUCAAAGAAACGCAGAUCCGAAAGAAAAAAGAAAAGGUUCCAAAAAGAACUUGUAGGAAAAAAGGGGAGAUAAAACUCCAGCGUAAGAAAAAAAACCAAAAUAUUAAUAAACCUAAAUCAAAAGAAAAGAAAAAUAAAACUUGUUAGAUACAGGGAGAACCUGCAAACUCCACAGAAAGGCCUCCUGUAUCAGUCUGGGCUUGAACCGGGGAUCUUCUGGCUGCUGUAUAAACCGCUUAAGGGAAGUGACACGAGAGACGCUCCAGUGACCAAGGCGUUAAUAAAAACAGGGCGCUUAUAAUUUGCUGGGUGUUUCCACUACGUGAACGACAAGAAUACACUUGGUCAAGUGUGAAGACAAACACCAGACUAAGACUGCUUUAUUUCUGGUACAAUUAGCUUAAAUCUCUGCUACGCCAAGGAGAUGAAUCUCGAGGUACUGGAAGAAAACCCACCUGAUGUCACUUUAGAUCACAUAGCUAAGGACUUGGUGUCUUUUUUUAAUGGGUUUAAACGCUUCAAUGAGGUUAGAAGACGGCUUGAAAAGAAAUGCACCAUUAAAACGGAGCGUGAACAUAAAUGCUGGUCAGAAGAUAACAUCAAACAAGCUUGGCGAGAAACAAUAAAAAAGCGUAAAAAGUCAGACAAAAGAAGACAACGGGCCGGUGUGAUAAUAUUGCAGAUCGUAGAAAGUUUUGUUUGUGAUAUGUGUAAACAAAAUAGAGCACAGAAGAAGCUUCACGCUACAAGCGAUCAACAAGUCUGUGAAAUGAGAAGACACUCGGAAGACAGAAUAAGUGAAAGCGAAGCUGAACUAGAGCGAGCGGGAGCCGCUGGAGGAGAUGAGCAGAGAAGAAAACAGGUGUGUGAAGCAUCUAAACGUUCAGACCAUUCUGCUCCUGCGUCAAGAAGUCAACUUUCAGCUUCUAGAACAGAUGAAGCGAAUCCGAGCAAAAGUGAAACCAAGAAGGCACUUAAGAAUCAGGUCACUUUAGCUAAAAACUGUGAGCAGCAGAAAAGUAUCGACUUGCAUAAUGUGCAUGAUAAAGAGAGCGAAAGGUCGAAAAAUGGUCUUCGGUCAACUGUUAGAAAAGAAUUUGUCAAAGCACGUAUAACCGAUGUAGAAGACGGAUCGCCUCAAGGAGCUGCUGAAGGAGUUAAGCGGAAAAAAAUCAGUAAUCAAGGGCAAACAAGUAGCAAUCAGAGCCAAACUGGGACGCCAUUUCAGGCCAAGAAAAAGUCCUCUGGGAAUGAUUCUGGUGAUUCCUGUGACCAGUCCGAAGAAAAGAGACGUAAAGAAGGCAUCCCCUACAUACGUAUCCCUCUAACAAAUAUUAUCAAGCCAACCUCUAAAUCCAAAACACAAACAAUGAAGUCUGAUUAUGAAUUAAUAAAUGGACUCCCUGAGAAAAGUGAAAAUACAGAUGAUCCUGAUGAUUAUACAAUUGUGCAAAAAGAAUUUUAUGUCAUGUUAUUCAACAAAGAGAAAAAUCAUGCUGAAUGGGUGUAUGAAAUACUGAACAAGCAAACUUUACUUCGGUUUCCUAGAUUUCGAUAUAGAUAUAAAGAUGACCAAAAGGAUCCAGACUAUGAAGAAGAAAAGAAUCAAUGGGGCCAAAAAAUGAGUUAG